AUGUCGGUCCGCUGUUCCCAGGCGGUCCCGGGGGCAUCCGGCAGCCAGCAUGAGGCCGACUGGGAUUUUGAUCAGAAGGACUUACGCCUGCAACAAAAAGCACUCAAUUCGGGCCAGAUCAAGGAUGAGAUCAAACGAUUUGAGAGCGUUCACCCAUGCAUAUACCAAGUUUACGAUAUCCUCGAUUACCUGAGCGAGGAAAAAGAAAAGCCCCAUCGAUUUCUUGAGAUGAUCCGGCAACAGGUGCUGCUGAUCGAAGAUUCGUUUGUCAACUCCCAUGAAUGGACGUUGAGCAGGUCCGUGACAGAACUGAGAAUCGGAGUCCUCGGCGCGAACAAUUCCGGCAAGAGUGCGUUGAUCCAUCGAUACCUCACCGGAAAGUAUACGGCUGAAGAAACGCCUGAAGGUGGUCGCUACAAGAAAGAAAUCGUUGUGGACGGGCAAAGUUAUUUGCUGCUCAUCCGUGACGAGGGAAACUCACCACCAGAUGCGGAGUUUUCCCUCUGGGCCGAUGUUGUCCUGAUGGCGUUUUCGGUUCACUCUGAAGAAUCGUUCGAUCAGAUCGACCUCCUUUAUAAAAAUCUUGGCCAAUUCCGGAAAAUGCAGGAUUUCCCUCUGAUUCUAGUCGGAACCAAGGAUACGAUCGCACAAAACAAUCCGAGACAAAUCCUCGAGCAAGAUGGACGUAAGAAAGCGAUGAACCUAGGUAGGAGUUGCACCUACAUUGAGACUUCUGCACCCGCCGGGCACAACAUCGAACGUGUAUUUAAAGAUACGGCAAGGCGAGCCAUUGAUCAGAGGAGACGUUCACUGUACCAGAGCUUCCCGGUGGAGCACAGUUUGGAUUAUCAGGAUCUGCGCACGACCAGUAUGCAACCGCCUCUCCGCACCACAUACAACGAAGGCCACCUGCGCUCUAACUCGGCGAUGCUGAUCGACACGAAAAUGUCAGUGGUGCCCCCAGAAAGACCUUCGUCGUCCAUUCGCUCGGAUUAUCGCAUUCGAGGCGGUAAUGGCGUCACCAAAAACCCAUCACUGAACUUUACCAAUGGGUUUGGCACUAGAUCCUCUGCGGCACUUCUCGACACCAAUGAAAUGUCUAUUUCGCAAGCGACCAAUUUUUCUGGCGCAGACACGUUCUCGGCAUCUACCUCGCACCUACAUACGGUGAUCACUCCGGGAUCCACUCCCACAACCCAGCGCAAGAAAAGGAUAUCCAGUUUAUUCUCGAAACGCGACAAUGGUCCUGAUGACAAACCACGGAACGUAGACCUUGGACAGGGUCGGGCGAUUCCGUGCAAACAGGGUCAUUUGUAUAAACGAACGAAAGCUACCCUCAACCGUGAGUGGAAAAAGAAGUAUGUCUGCAUAUAUUCCGAUGGCCGCCUCGUUUAUUAUCCACAUUUCAAGGAUUUUAUGGAAAAUAAGUCUACGGGAAAAGAAGUGUUCUUGGGCCUAUGUACAGUGAGGGUAGCUGGACGGCAACAAACAAAGCCGUCGAAAGAAAAGCGCCCAAGUUCGAUAGCAACGGCUGCUCCUGGGAUCAAGACUCCGGAACAGCGCGGGGAUGUGCUCUACAUCAGUGACGUCAACUCGAAGGAGACAAAUUCCCCGGGUGGAAGCGAUGAGGGAUCACCCUUUGCGAUACCAGCAAUCCCAACUUCAUCACUUAAGAAAUCGAAGAAGAAAGGAUCCGGUUCAAGCAGAAGCGAGAAAGAAGAAGAACAAGCUGCAGAAUGUUUUGAGAUUAUCUCCCAUGACUUGAAGCACUGGGAGUUUGCUGUCACGCCUGGUGAAGAUCGCGAUUCUUGGGUUUUGGAAGCAGAGCGACAAAUCGGCAAUGCUCUCGAGACCGUCAUGGGCGAAGGUGGAAAGAAGGACACAUCUAGCACCAAUACCAAUCCGUCACAGCCGGUUAAAGCAGAGGUUGCAACUAUCCUCAGGAUACCGGGGAACGAUCGAUGUGCGGAUUGUAACAGCACCAACCAUAUCAGCUGGAUAAGUCUGAAUUUGGGCAUCGUCAUCUGUAUUGAAUGCGCUGGGAUACAUCGCGAACUUGGAGUCCACAUCUCUAGGGUUCGAAGUCUGACACUUGACAAUACCCAAAUCAGCCAGCUGGCCGUCGUUCUCGCGCUUGGAAACGAAACCGCGAACCAGCUUUGGGAGCACCAUGCUCCUCGUGAUGCCAAGCCAAAACCCGACUCGAGUCGAGAAGAGAAGGAACUCUGGAUCAAAACGAAGUACAUCGAAAAGAAAUUUUUGCCCUCGGUUCGUGUAGACGAGACUCUCGCGAACCAGGUCGUCCAAGCCGUCUUGAAAAAAGAUGUGGCACAACUGUCGCUUCUGUUGACGCGUGCACAGCGAAGCGACAUAAAUGGUACUGUGUCGCCGGUUGAUCUAAGGACCCCUCUUCAUCUGGCCUGCUCUAAUGGAAGUCUGGAGACGCUUCAACUACUGAUAUGGAACAACGCUGACCCGAAAGCGCUCGAUGAAAAUGGAAGGUCCGGCUUGUGGUACGCGCUCCAGGGCGGCAACGCGGAAUGUGUUAACAUACUGCAUUCGGCCGGCCUUUCGGCUAAUUACGGCGUGACGGAUCCGAGGCUGACUGCGGCUCAUCGC